AGGGGCGUCCCAUUUAUAACCUAUCUUUUCAUUUUAGAAGUGAGAAUAAUCAGUGAAAAAAUUGUUAACAAUAAACAAUGUCGGGGCAAUUGUUGAAAUUGUUCAACAGCUUUGGAGGAUUCAAGAACAUCCUCCAAACUAGGAGCGUUUUGGUGGGAUACCAACAGAAUGCGACAAUGAAACAUUCAGCUGCUGAUAAGCUGAAAGAGCUGAAUAUGCCUGAGAAACCAAAGAGGCCAUUGACACCUUACUUCAGGUUCAUGAGGGACUGCCGAGAAGAGUACAUGCGUAAGAAUCCAGACAUGAAGAACACAGAGCUGACCAAGGUCUUGGCAUUGGAUUGGAUGAAUGUGCAUGAGACAAUCAAAGAAAAGUACUCAGAUGAGUAUAAAUCCGAAUUAGAUAAUUACAAUAAGCAGCAUCUGAUAUAUCUCUCAAAGCUUUCUGAUGAGCAGAAGCUUGCGAUUAAAACGGCGAUAAAGGAGCAGAAAGAUAUUAAGAAGAAAAGGCAUAUGAAGAAACGUUUCAGGGAAAUGAACAGACCAAAGAGGCCUCUUGGUCCGUACAUGCAGUUUCUUAUGGAGUACGCGCGAAAGAGCAACAUGAACAUGAAGGAAGUCAUUAGUAGCAUCAAAGGGAAAUAUCAGCAGCUUUCCGAAUCGGAAAAGGAGGUCUACGUGAUGCGUUACGAGGAGGCGAAGGCGCGUUACGAGAAGGAGAUGGUCGAAUGGGAGGCGAAGAUGAUCGAGGAGGGUCACGUGGACGUGAUCCGACAAAUAGCGCAGAAGGAGAACAAACCGUCGAGGUUACGCAGCAAGGCAAAGGAGGAAUAGGAAUUCGGGUGUUCUUACCACCCGGAUUCUGCCACGGCUGGUGAGAGCACGGGAGAUAGAAUAGUAGAGACAUCAUUGUCAUCAUCGUCAUCGACAUCAUUGAAGCAGCAGAGCACACCCGAAACACCUGUUACCGAUAACAUUGUACAAAGCAAAGAGACGGAGGAGACGAGUGUUAAUCAGAUGAAGAAGAGAGACGAAGAACUUCCUUUGGUGGAGACGACGAAUCCUCCUCCGGCAGCGGAAAAGAGCGUCCCCUCAGAAAAGGCAGGUAGCAAGAACAUAGUCGAUACGUUUAAGAGGAUUUUCAAGUUCUGAUUUUGUUUUUCACAUUUCUUCAUUCUGGUUUACUCUCGUACACAUCUUUUAUUAUUUUUUUUGAUUUGUUUUCAAUACAAGUUUACUUUUUUUUUAAA